AUGACGGAUGUGGAGGCGACCUAUGAGGACUUCAUUGCCUCUCGACGGUCCGGCCGCAGGAAUGCCAUCCAUGAUAUUCCAGCAGCCCCUGGAGCGCAGGGACCCACGGACCCGUCACAGAGUCUGGCACAGCUCAACAUCAACAAGUCAGGUGAUGAGGGAGAAGACACUGAGAAAAGCCAGGACUCUCCAGCUAAAGAAGAGGAGACCCAGGCUGAGGGCAGCUAAGCAGCAAAGACCUGCUGAUAUUUGCAGAUUCAAACAACCGCUUCCUCUUGUCUAGCUGAUCCCUGAAUGCUAGGCCUCUAACUGGCCAGUUGCAUCUAAUGACUAUGAACAGACACAGCAAUAUCCUCUCCUUCCACCACACUGCCAUCAGGAAGUCAUCGCCAUGGUAACCAGAGUGCAGUUUCCCUUCUGCCCUUGGGCGUGUUCCAAUUUCCUUAAAAAGCCUCCUUUCCUUUCUGCCUUUCCUUCAUUGCUGCUGAUAGGAGAUUGGAUGUGUUGCA